CCCCGGGUAUUUUUCAGCGCCCGGCUCAAUGUGAUCAGCUGUGACACAGGCAGCGUGGCGGGCAACACUACCGGCUUUUAACGCGCUCGUGUCGACACGAAUAACCGGCUGCUCGUCAGGAAAAACAUGGCGAGUCGAAAGCGACCUUUAGAGCAAAACUCGAGCCCCGGUGUCUGCUGGAAAACGCCGGAGAAGAGAGCACUGGUGGUCGGGCUGCAGGACUCCGACUACUCGCAGUGGGGAGUCGAGGAAACGUGUCAGUACCUACGAAGAGAAGGUCUUGUAGAGUGGGAAGACACAUUCAGAGCACAAAACAUCACAGGAGUCGGGAUGAGGUAUCUGGAGGAACCUGAUCUGGAGAAGAUUGGAGUGAAGUGCCUUGGUGACCGUCUGCAGAUCCUGCACAGUCUCAGGAAGCUAUGGCAGAUAGCAGGGGAGCCAACCAAGGUGUUCAAUGAUCCAGUUCAUGGACAUGUGGAGUUGCACCCUCUUCUCAUCAAAAUCAUAGACACACCUCAGUUCCAGAGGCUGCGCAACAUCAAGCAGCUUGGAGGGACCUACUUUGUUUUCCCCGGAGCAUCACACAACCGAUUUGAACACUCCAUUGGGGUUGGUUACCUGGCAGGGCAACUUGUACAAGCUCUUAAUGAGAGGCAGCCAGAACUCCUCAUCUCUCGCAGAGACAUCCUUUGUGUGCAGAUCGCUGGGCUCUGCCAUGACCUCGGCCAUGGACCAUUUUCCCAUAUGUUUGAUGGGACGUUCAUCCCAAAGGCACGUCCAGGAAUUAAGUGGAAGCACGAGACUGCCUCAUUAGCCAUGUUUGAUUACCUGGUCAAAGACAAUGACUUAAAGCCGGUGAUGGAGCAGCAUGGCCUGGUGUUGCCAGAGGACCUGGUCUUCAUCAAGGAACAGAUCGCAGGACCACUGGACCUUAACGGAGAUCAAGAGAAAGCUGCAAAUUCUGCCAGUGUGAAAAAACCUUGGCGGUACAGAGGCCGCCCAGAAGACAAGUCCUUUCUCUAUGAAAUUGUGUCCAACAAAAACACGGGCAUCGAUGUGGACAAGUGGGACUACUUUGCCAGGGACUGCCACCACCUGGGCAUCCAAAACAACUUUGACUACCGCCGCUUCCUCAAGUUUGCCCGAGUGUGCGAGGUGGAAGGGCAGAAGAACAUCUGUACACGAGACAAGGAGGUGGGUAAUCUGUACGACAUGUUCCACACCAGGAACUGUCUCCACAGAAGAGCUUAUCAGCACAAGGUUGGCAACAUCAUAGAGACCAUGAUCACGGAGGCCUUUUUAAAAGCAGAUCCAUACAUUCAGAUUGAAGGCUCAGGAGGGAAGACCUUCACUCUCUCCGGUGCCAUAGACGACAUGGAGGCUUACACCAAACUGACAGAUCAUGUGUUUGAACAAAUACUCCACUCGUCCUCCAAAGAACUGGCCGAGGCCAGGCAGAUUCUUCGCAACAUUGUCUGUCGACGCCUCUACAAGUGUCUGGGCCGAACUCACCCGCAGGAACCUCUGGAGGUCGUCACCGAGGAGAAGAAAAACAUCUGGAAAAAAGAACUGGCAGAGGCCUUUCCUCAGAACAACACUCGGGGUGUCAAUCUAAACCCCGAGGACUUUGAAAUAAGUGUCAUUGGUAUGGACUAUGGAAUGAAGGAAAAGAACCCCAUCAACAAAGUGCGUUUCUACUGCAAGGAAGACCCAACUAAAGCCAUCAAGAUAGUCAAGAAACAGGUGUCAAAACUCCUGCCAGAGCAGUUUGCUGAGCAGCUGAUCACGGUCUAUUUCAAGAAGACUGAUGACACCAGUCUGGACGCUGCCAAGAAGCACUUUGUCAAGUGGUGCAUGGACAUGGACUUCACAAAGCCUCAGGAUGGAGACAUAAUAGCCCCUGAGCUGACCCCUCUGAAAGCCAGCUGGAGCAACCAAAGUCAAGAGGAAGACGGCAGCUGCAGCACGGACAGCUUUCGAGCCAAAACUAAGCUAAGCUUUUAAUGAGCGGAGCAGCGCACAGACAUCUGUUACAAUUUUGGUGGAUAGAUGAGAGAGAAUUCUAUUUUUCUACAAGGUGAGCGUGUCGAUGAGCAUAGCAAAGCUAAAAAAAGUUGUUUUAAUGAUGAAAAGAAAGAACUCAGGUUUUUUUUAUAACCUUCAAUCAUGUUACGAACACAUCUUUGCCUAUUUACAUCUGGGUUUAUUUUAAGUCUGAUUUUUAAGUCGAUACAUUUAUUUCACCAUAUGCUAAGCAAUAACGUAUCUUGUAUUUGGAUUAUGAGCGCACGCACACACACACACACAAAGAGGAUCUACAGCUGUCACUGCACUGUAUGAGGUACAGUGAGUCUUGGUUUUAACUUGAGAAAGUGUUUGGGAAUCUGGUUUGAUCUUACUUUGAAUAUAUUUAUUUCUCUUUUA